GCGCUCACAUUUCGAUAUUGUCUCCUCCUUUCUUCUGUUGACAACCACCAUUUUACCGUCGCCAAACCGUAGUCGACAAAGAUAACCAGUCAAAAUGGCCCCCAAGAAGAAGUCCACCGACAACAUCAACAGCCGUCUGGCUCUUGUCAUCAAGUCCGGAAAGGUCACCCUGGGCUACAAGUCGACCCUGAAGAGCCUUCGCUCUAACAAGGCCAAGCUCAUCAUCAUCGCCGGCAACACUCCCCCUCUCCGCAAGUCUGAGCUCGAGUACUACUCCAUGCUUUCCAAGACUCCCGUCCACCACUUCAGCGGCAACAACAUUGAGCUCGGUACUGCCUGCGGUAAGCUCUUCCGCUGUGGCACCAUGGCUAUCCUCGAUGCCGGUGACUCCGACAUCCUGGCCGACCAGCAGGCAUAAAUUCCCUAGGGGUAACUGCUUGGCGUGACAAGGCUACACUUCUUCCAUGACUUCAGGAUGGUACGGCGUUAAGGAUGAACUGGGAUUGGGCAAUGAACUGGUUAUCAAAAGCAACAGCAAUGGGUAAAGGGACGGCCCUAUAUUUUGCGUUUCCCUGAAUCAACUUCCAUCAAGACGUCCGCUCAGAAUUGCGAGGGUUCGUUUGGCCCGGUAGCAGUAGUCUAGUCGAAUGAGACUAGAGCCUAGUGAAGAGCUUUUCUCUGAAGUGCUGUUGACACACAGCCCAAUCUGCAAUGGAAAGUGAACAUAUGAGGUCAGACAACCAUACUUCCCAGGAUGCGGCAUUCUUUGGUCAGCAUGUGGUAAUUAUCAAGUGAGAGUCAGUCAGUCGCCUUCGUGAUGAUAAUGUACGUGACUCGACACUGG